GCCCGAGUCGAAUAUAAAACUGAAGAGAUCGAGGAAAAUGCAUCUCACACUCGAUCUGAGUUCUUGCAGAGCAGACACAAGCAGCUCCUAGCAGCAGUAGCAGCAGCAACCACAUAACCGCACACGCUCACACAUCCUUCACAAUGUUCGCCCAGACAUCGUUCGUUCUUGGCCUCGUCCUGUCAGUCGCAGUGGCCAUUCCCAUCGAUCCCUAUGGCUCCUCCAUCUCGUACGGAGCUCCGUCCCUGUCGUAUGCCGCUCCUGCCAUCUCGUAUGCUGCACCCAAACUGCUGGCCGCCCCAGCCAUCUCGUAUGCGGCUCCAGCCAUCUCGUAUGCCGCGCCCAAGCUGCUGGCUGCUCCCGUGGCCGUGGCCAAGGUGGCUGUGGCCGAGCCCUACGAUCCCAAUCCGCAGUACAGCUUCUCGUACGGCGUGACAGAUCACAAGACCGGCGACUCCAAGCAGCAGGAGGAGACGCUCGUCAAUGGUGUGGUCCAUGGCAGCUACUCCCUGGCCGAGCCCGAUGGCACCAUUCGCAAGGUCACCUACACCGCCGACAAGGUUAACGGCUUCAAUGCGGUCGUCGAGAAGAAGGGCGUGGCGAUUGCCAAGCCCGUGGUGGCCGUUGCCGCCGUACCGACCCUCACCAAGAUUGGAUACGCCUCUGGUCCCGGCCUCAGCCUGGGCGGACACUACUAGGAGCGGGAGCACCAAAUGUAGCACCUUGCCAAGGAGCAUGACGAACUCUCUGCCACCCUCUGGGCCCAGGACCUGUUGUUAAGUAGUUCUAAUACACCAAUUAGCCCCCCCCCACUAUCUUUUCCACUAUCUAAACUCCCUGUCUACCGCUCUAACGGGCAAAAGAAACCCCCAAGAACGUGCGUGCUGUUGACCCACUUCCCGGUCCCGAUUCCGAUUCCGAUUCUGAAGCUGCUGAUCACUGAUCACCCUACUGAUCGUUGAUCACUCGACACCACAGACUACAUAAAUGUACAUAUAGGGGAUACCCUUUCUGGGAAUCUGGGGAACCGGCUAUUCGCCAAUUAAUUAUUGAACUAGUUUCUGCAUUUA